CUCCAGUAGACUUUGUGAUCUAGUUGCCUUCCACCCACCAAGAAUCAAUUCUAGAGCAUAAUAACUUGCGUCAAAUCAAAAUCAAGUUGCGGUAGGGAGAAGAUUGGUUGUGACGAUGGGGUUUGCAAGGGGAGACUAGGAGGAACCUGCGCUGCUUUUGGAUCGAUGGAAAUGGAAUUUGAACACCUGUUUCAAAGAGUUUACCAUGAGGAAUCAUGUGAGGGAGCUUCUGAGGCAAACUGACAUCUGUGUUGCCAGGAGCAAGAUUGGGAGACAACUAGAGGGAAAAAGGAAAGUGCAGGUCUUUCUUUCCAAAAGUCUCUGAAAGGUUUUCAUGAUGUCAUCGAGGCUUGUUGAAACUGAGAGUAGAUAUGAUUUCCAGGAGGCGUGCUGGAAUAAUGACCACUGUCAAAGAGGAUCAUGGAAUGCAAGCUUUCCUCAAAUUGUCUAGAGCUCUGCUUUUGAGCUGUGUUAGAGUGUUGUUGCAGCUACCCUCGGAGUAGAGAUAGUUGUUCGUCUGUCUGCUGGGUAUUGACAUCAAUCAACCAAAGAUGACUUUAUGGUGAAGGUAUGAUCCAGGAUCCUAUAGCUACUCACUCCUCUACACGCAGCAGCUCCAAAAGACGAUCUACCUUGAUCCAUGCACUGUUUCUAUAGAAUGGGCAUGCUCUGAAAUCACCUUAAUUUAAGAAAUCCUAAGAUUGACUGAUUAGGCACUUAUUGUUCGAUGAUCUGUUAGUGAAUUUUAAAGGUUUGUUAGCCUGCUGCAUCUUGUGAAAAAAACAGAUGUUGAAUUCCUGCAUCUUCACUACUUGACACCGCUUCAUUUGAAAGUGCUUCAAAGCUUCACUAAACAAGGGAUACCAACAAACACAUACAUGAUGACUGAACAUAGGUGCUUUUAAACUCCUGACACGCUUGUGGUUUUGAGCCUUUAUUUAGCUACAAAGUACCUCAACCUCCAACCGACCCACCAACUGCUGUGCGGGCCGGCCGAGGAAGUGGCUCGGUUAGACUGACUCGGGAGUGAGCGGGUUUUGCUUGUUAUGAAGACGAUGUCACAAACAUGUGUGGUUGUGGAGGUGGUUGCAUUCAACUACAAAGCUGCAGGUGUUGUCCUCAUGGUCAGACCAAGCCCAAGGCCCCAUCCUGCAGCAGCGAUCCCUCUCCGUCAAGACCCCAAAGCUGUCACCUCAUCACGGCCAGGGUACAAAGAUAGUAGUAUGGUGGUAGACAGAAAACCUCCUUUUGUAAGGGAUCCUCUGACCCUAUCAGUGGACUUCAUGGUGAGGUACGUAGGGAUGAUUGCCUCAGCUCAGGGUCUUCAACACUCACAAGAAGACCACCUUGAUCUAAUCCAAGCCCUGGACCAAGCACAGAUGGAUGGGCAGUUCAAGUUUGCGGAGAGUGACCAGGACUUUGUCACUUUGAAUCUUUCCAAGUAUGGCAUCAAGAUCCUGGAGAAGAUUCCUCAAGAUAGAUAUCAGAUGACAGCCGGUAUCAGACCGCCCCAGGUGGUAAGAUGGAGGCAUGGUCUGGUAGAGAUCAUCCGAGCCGUCCACUAUGAGGACAGUCUUGGAAGGCACCUGAUGGCGGUCAAGCUAGGUCAAGAAGGAGAGGAGGUCUAUGACUGUCUACUCUUUGAAUGUACUCAUCAGCCCCAAGCAACACAAAUGUGCAAGUGCCUGGAGCUGCUUUUCAAUGCUGUGUGCCAAUUUACUCCUCUGUGAUACCUCUUGACACUUAAAGUGCGGUGUUCCUACCUGCUUAUUUCAAGAUUGGCGUUAGCGUUAACACCAGAUCUGACACCUUAUUUCAAGAUUGGCGUUAGUGUUAACACCAGAUUACCCAUCUGUGACACCUUAUUUCAAGAUUGGCGUUAGCGUUAACACCAGAUUACCCAUCUGUGACACCUUAUUUCAAGAUUGGCAUUAGCGUUAGCACCAGAUCAUUCAUCUGUGACACCUCUCUCUUUCUACACUCUAUCCUGGUGUUCCUGAAUGCCAUUUCAAGUCAAGUGUCAACGUGAACACAAGUCCCCCUCUCUGGGACAUCAAUCUCAACUCUGGGGGUCCGUACUGCUUAUUUCAAGAUUGGCGUUAGCGUUAGCACCAGAUCACCCAUCUGUGACACCUCUCUCUCUCUCUCUCUCUAUACUCAAUUCUGGUGUUCCUGAAUGCCGUUUCAAGUUAAGUGUCAAUGUGAACACAAGUCCCCCUCUCUUGGACAUCGGUCUCUACUCUAGUCUUUAGGUCCUGACUGCUGAUUUCAAGAUUGGUGUUAGCGUUUACCCCUCUACAAGAUUUGUCUACGCUCUAUUGUGGUGCUUCCUACUGAUUUUUUAGAGUGUGGUGUUAGAGAUAGCAUCACAUCACCUCUCCAUGCCGUCCACCUACAUGCUAGUUAGGUGUUACUUGCUGCAUGAGGAGGUUAUAAAGCUGUUCUCUGAUUGGCUUAUGCAGGGGUUAAUGAAUCCUUUACAUAACAGAAGUCUUACAGUAGGCUUGCGGGUGCACCAUGUGAGAGAGAGAGGGAAGAUUGAGGAGUCCUGAAAAGGACUCUCUGUAAUCUUUCUUAAAGGUUUUGUUUCUUGAAGAAGUCCACUUUACAAGUGGAAAUAUCGCAGGGAGAUGGAGCAUGCGAGGAGACAUCAGAACUGUUGCAGUCUUGGUGAAUUUUUUCUGACUCUCUUGAAAACAUUAGAAAUUUUUAAAGAAAUGUUAGAAAAAUGUGAAUCAAGUCAGAGUUUGAAUGGCUAUCAGGAGACAAAAUACAAUCAUGCAUGGAUGAGACUAAAACUAUUAUUUACAAUUAUAAAUACUUAAUGUCUGACAUAUUACACUAUCACCUCAUUGUGUCUUAGCUCAUGAAAAGUGCUUCCAAAAUAUUGUUCUUCCAAACGCCUCCAAUGAAUCAUUGAAUGAAUAUGGAGCAGAAAAAUAAGUUAUUUGCAAAAUUCGUGAAAAUGAAACCUCUGCAAAAAUAACUGCUUAUACAGUAUUUGGUCAUAGACCUACUAUGAUAGUUAACCUCAAUCCAAGUUGUUAGAAGAAGCUUGAUAAUAAGAGGUAUAUGAGAUGGGCAGAAUCUGUUCCAAUGGUGACGAAGAUUGAAUUCUUUGCUACACACUGUUAUAGAGUAACCAAGAAGAGGUAGAGAAAAUUCAAACGCAGGUAUUUAAGUAGUCAUGUUGUGACUUAAUAAAUUGUAAAUAUAAACAAGAAGUACUGUAGUGAAAAUGUAAAUAACCAUGCCUUAUGAAAUGAAAUGUACAUUGUAUUUGUAAUCAUAAAUGCUACUUAAAGAUAUUCAAUUCAUACAAUAUUCUACUUAGUUAGAAAUGUAUUGCUAUAACAAUUAUGUAUUGCUAGACAUGAAUCUGGCUAUAUGUUGAUGUAGAACAUUAAUUGUUCUUCAGUUUGUUAUGAGUUAGAAUUAAAUGUGUGCUGAGUACAAACAGGACACUUUAGACAGAUGCCAGAAGUCCCAGAAAUUUAGAGGUAAAUUUUGCUCCUAUAUACUUAACCAGUGAAGUCCAUGUGCAUAAAAUUUCCCUGUGUGUGUUUGCAUAUGUGAUGCACUUUAAAAUAAUAUCCCUCCAAUCAUUUUCAUGAAAGCCUUGCCUUAUGUUUCAGUGAAUAUGAACAAGGGUUUAGCUUAAAAGUGUGCUUAAGUUCAGUUGAAAUUGGUACGUUUACAUAAUGUAUAGGUGGAAAAUGUAUUAAGUUAUCAGUCAUGUAUUGUUAUAAACAAUUCAUCAAAUUUAGCAAAGUGCCCACACCUGAAAUAUGUGAUGUUUAUGAGGUGCAUGAAAUACAUGAUGUACAUGUAGUGAAAUUCAGGUUUCUUGAUCUGGAAAUUUGUUGAGAAUCAAUCUAUUGAGUUGUUUUACUUUCGUCCAUUUUGCAUCAAGGCGAUUAAACUUGCAUUGUAUCAUUUUAUUGUGAAAUAGAUACUGAAUAUGUAGUCGCCAAUAUUUAAUGCUAUUUAAUCUGCUUAAUAUAUUAAUGUGCCAUAUAUAACGUGAUAUAUUCAGUGAUUACUUUAUUUAUGAUUGGAUUGUCCCAAGUCAAAUGAUUCUAUGAUUUGUUUUGUGAUUUUUAAAAAGUAAUGUUUUAUAUAUGAUAAAGGCCUAAAUGCAUCAGAGAUUAGAAUGGUCAUUGCAAAGAUGAAAAUUCAAAGGUGUUGAGUAGAGGUGUUGUGGUAUAGUGGAUAAGACCCCGGGCUGUAGAUCACAAGGUACGGGGUUCAAAUCGGAGCCCAGUACUAACAUCCUUUGGCAAGAUGUAACCUAUAUUUGCUACUCUCCACCCCGGUGUGGUCUAGUGGAUAAGUCGCCAGACUGUAGAUCAAAUUAAUAAUAUUUCUUGCCACAAUAAGAACAUGUAGGAUUGUCCCAGCUCACUGUUUAGGAUAGGUUAACAAAACUAAUCAUAUGUUCCUUGAUUCUUCCUGUGUUAGUCUACUUUUUACACCUUGUAUAAUUUGUUUAAGGUAUCUUAUAUCUAUUCAUAUAUUAAAGACCUAUCAAAAAGCAAGAUAGGUAGAUAUUAAAUUACCAAGACUAAUUGGUAGAUGAUGUGAUGAA